GGUCGGCGCCCUUUGAAGUCGGGACUCCUCGCCUUGUCUUGGGCUCAAAUGAGCUGUUUGCUGUUGUAGCGAAACAUUAUUCUUCUACCAAGCAGCCAGCCGGGGGACGCUACAUCUCAACUUUUUCUCUCUAUAUGGUGGAGCUUUCUCUACUUUUUCUUGGAGGCGCUCCAAACUGAGGAUAUUUAGCAGAGAAAGUCACGUUAUUCCCUGCCUUAUUUAUACUUUUUUUGUUUUGUUUUUUCUUUUUCUAAACUUUAUAAGAGGACAAAAAAAAGUCAAGGGGAGGGAAGUAGUCAUGCCUCAGCUCAGUAGCGGCGGAGGGGACGACCUGGGAGCGAAUGAUGAGAUGAUAGCGUUCAAAGACGAAGGAGAGCAGGAGGAGAAAAUCCAGGAGAACGCGUUCACAGAGAGAGACCUGGCCGACCUCAAGUCCUCUCUGGUGAACGAGUCGGAAAUAAAUCAAAGUCCGAACACGGCGGCGGUCAGACGAGGACAGCAGGGCGAGCACAGGAUCUUCCAGGAAAAACACCGAGAGCAUCUUGACGGAGUGUCGAAGCAACAAGAUGGAGGCAUGUACAAGUCGCCGGCGUAUCCGGGGUAUCCAUUCCUGAUGCUGCCUGACCCCUAUCUCCCCAACAGCUCAGUUUCUCCAUCUUCCAACAAAGUGUCGGUGGUACAACAAUCCCACGGGAUGCACCCGCUGACGUCCCUGCUGCCCUAUAGCAACGACCACUUCAGCCCGAGUCCUCCACACCUGCCCACUGACAUGAGCCAGAAGACAGGCAUUCACAGGCACCAAUCCCAGGACCUCUCAGGGUAUUACUCCCUUCCUCCAGGUGGCGUUGGCCAAAUCACUCCCUCUAUGAGCUGGCAGAGCCAGCCGGUCUACCCUGCCCUGUCCCCAUGUGGAUUCAGGCAGCCCUACUCCUCCAGUCUCCCCAGCGCAUCGUCCUACUCCAGGUUUCCUCACUCUUUGAUGCUUGGACCAUCGGGAGUGCAUCCUACAGGGAUCCCCCACCCGGCCAUAGUUCCCCCUUCAGGCAAACAGGAGCAUGAUCAGUACGACAGAGGCAUGUACAUGAAGCCGCAGGUGGAGGUCAAGCGGGAGAAAGAGCCCAAGAAACCGGUCAUCAAGAAGCCCCUGAAUGCCUUCAUGCUGUACAUGAAGGAAAUGAGGGCGAAGGUUAUCGCUGAGUGCACGUUAAAGGAGAGCGCCGCGAUCAACCAGAUUCUGGGACGAAGGUGGCAUGCUCUGACCCGGGAGGAGCAGGCCAAGUACUACGAGCUGGCCCGAAAAGAGAGACAGCUCCACAUGCAGCUCUACCCGACCUGGUCUGCUAGGGACAACUACGAGGCGGGCCUUAGCGGGGUCGCAGGGGAAAAGAGUAAAGCUGAUUGGGGCAAGAAGAAAAGGAGAAAAAGGGAGAAGCAGCAGGACUCCAACACAGAUAACUCUCUCUGACUGUUCCUAGGAGGAAAAAGAAGUGCAUUCGCUACCUUCAAGGAGGAGGCUGCCCCAGCCCAUCUUCUUCAGAUCUAAGUGCUAUAGACUCUCCACCCUCCCCUACUCCCUCGCGCCUCCGCCUCUACCAGCAGCAGCGCCCCUCCUCAGGCUGCUCCCCGCCGCCGGUCUCCCCAUGUACGCGCCUCCCCUUGUCCUCGCACACGCGCUCACACACACGCUUCCCGUCAGAGCAGUCCUCCGGCAAGCGGGCGGACUUCCGUCAGCCCCCAGACAAACACAUCCCAAGCACGCACCUGGAACUGUCCGGCAAGCAGACGCACUGCUCCACGGCACUGUCCGCCGCCAAAGUGGCAGGACUUUCUCUUAAAGUUCUAACAGAGACUCACUGAUUGCCGUGGUCUGCUGACGUCACCCUCACUGCUCUCCUCCUCAGCUUCCUCCAAAGGCAUGAGGAUCAUCCUUGUCACCUGCCUUCAUCUAACAUUUGAUAGACUCUCCUACAGUCUGGAUAUUUCAAAAGUCUCUAUUUCUACUGUAGCUACAUUGAAAACAACACGGGCAAGGUAACAGCAGGUCAAGUAAUGCUUUUGCCACCAUUUGUUUUUAACACAUCAGUAGAUGCAAAUGAUGCAUUCACCGCAUUCCUGAUUUAAGUCAAAGUUUGGGAUGUAUUGUGAAGAUCAACCAAGAAGGGCACACGAACGGAUACAGCUCCAGAGUUGGCAUCCAAAAACGCACCAGCUCCACCACACAGCAGAGUUAUUAUUUCACAAUAUAGAGGCAAAAUAUACUGUAUUGUUUGGAUGAUCCCUUUUCUUUUUUUACAUUUUUCAUGUUGCAGCUGCAAACUUCAGUCUGUUUUAUUGAGAUGUUAUAUAACCCAACAACAUAAAGUAGGGCAUAAUUGUGAAGUGGAAGGAAAAAGACACCUGCUUUUCCAGAUUUUUUCCUAAUAAAAAUCAGAAAUGUUUUCAGCUCAUUUGUUUUCAGUCAAUACCUUGUAGGACCACGUUCUGGUGCGAUUACUCCUGCAGGUCCAUUGGGGUUCGUCUCUGCCAACUUUGUGCUCCUAGAGACUGAAAUUGCUGCCCAUUCUUCUCUGCAAAACAGCUGAAACUCAGAUUGGAUGGAGAACAUCUGUGAACAUCAGUUUUCAAGUCUUGCCUCAGAUUCUCAAUUGGAUUUAAAUAUAGACUUUGACUAGGCCAUUCUAACACAUGAAAAUGCUUUGAUCUGAACCACUGGAUUGUAGCUCUGUUUAGGGCCGAUUUGUAGCUAGAAUUUGAACUCCUGGCUCAGAUUAAAUUAUUUUGCAGCUUCAUACAGGUUUUCUUCCAUGAUUGCCCUUCAUUUAGCUCCAUCCAACUUCUGCACAGCAUAUUGCUGCCAACAUAGUGUUUCCUGGUGGGGAAAGGCGUGUUCAGGGUGAUGUGCAGUGUUAGUUUUCUGAAACACAUAUUCUUCAGGAUGUGAGUUAAAAGGUUACAUUCUGGUCUCAUCUGACCGGACCUCUUUCUUCCAUGUUUGGUGAGUCCCCCACAUGGUUUGUAGGAAACUUUAAAUGGGACUUUUUAUAUCUUUCCCUCGACGAAGGCUGUAAAAGGACCAAUAUGUGCAGUACAAAGGUACUGCCAUCAGUACUGUUAUUAGAUUGUCCCACCUAAGCUGAGGCUCGGCAGCUCCUCCAAAGUUACCAUGGUCCCUUGGGCACUGAUAUAUACACAGGCCUGUCAGUUUAGGCUAAUGCCCUUGACUUGGUAGAUUUGCAGUCAUACUCUUUCCAUUUUCAGACGGUGGAUUAAACCUUUACUGAUUUAUAAACCAGCCCUGCUUUCUCCCUGACCUCUCUGCUGUGUUUAUUCACUAAUGUUCUCUAACAAACCUCUGAGGCCUUCACAGAACAGCUGGAUUUAUACUGAGAUUAAAUUACACACAUCUGGAUGCUAUUUAUUACUUCGGUGACUUCUGAGGACACCUGGAUUUUAUUUAGGAGUAUCAGAUUAAAGACGUCUAAAUAGAAACCCAGGGCACACUGUUACAAUUUAUUUGCAUUUUGUAUGGGUCUGUCACACACUCCUAAUAAAAUACAUUGAAACUUGCAAUGUGACAAAAGUUGCAAAAGACUAUAAUCUUGUCUUGCCUCAAGCACCUACAGUUUUGAUCUCUUUUUGCCUUUAGGAUGGCUCCUCCUCAGAUUGUUUUUACAAAUUUUACAUCAGUUAGCGAUCACUUUGUUCUUUGAUAAUAAGAUGAAUCAUUUCCUUUUUAAGUCAGAUGUCCCCAGUUUGUAAAUCAUGUGAGAAUGGAUGUGGCCGACAGCCACCCAGUCUGACCAGUAGGGUCUCUGAUUUCCUCGGGAAAGUAUUAAUUUUUUUUUACCUGCCACUUCACAAUUUGUUAGUAUUUUCAAAGGAGGUAAAGCGGGUUCCCAAGUCUCUUCUUUUAGCACUUUUAGGCAUCUAAUUUCCGGCGUCAACCGUUAAAUUGUUACAUAAUGUUUUUGUUUUUUUUUACUUUUUUUGUGUACGAAUCUCAUGUCAUUUUUAAGGUCAUACGUUUCUUUGUCAAGAUUUGUUUUUUCCUGUCUUCAGCUCCGCAAACUAAUCUGUGACCAAUGGGAUACUAUUAUAUUGCGUUGUCUUGUAAAGUUUUAUAUUAUAAUGAAUACCUUUUGUAUGUUUUUAUGGGGGAAAAAAAGGUAAAUUGCUUUGAAAAAAUGUUAUAGUUUCCCCUUUUUUCUAAAAUCAAUGUUUUGUCUUUUUUUGUGCAACGUUGUACCCUUUUUUUGCGGUCCAGUAUUUCUGCAGAAGCCUUCAAACUAUAUUUUGUGUUCUCAGUCUGUGCAUGUUCCGACUGUAAUGUCACAUUUCAACCAAAAAGGUUUUAAUUUUACUGUUUUCUUGCAGCUUCAGACUCAGCUUUUUGACUGUGGAAUAGGUGUAGGCUGAGCUGUUGUACCAUUCGUCUCCAGCAGAUGGAGCUCCUGUGGUAAAAGAAAAGUGCUUGUUAAAGGUCGUAAGACGUUCAGGUCAGAGGCAGAAACGACUAGAAGAUGUCUUUGUUCCUUCAUGCUUUAAAGCCCUCUGAUGUAUUGUUUUUGUUUGAUGUUAUUAAAAGUGUUUUGAGUA